CAGAUCCAGCGCCGGGCUGUGGAUUGGGGGGGAGGGGGCUGGGGGGGGAGAGCCUCCCCCCAUAGAGCAAGAUCUCGAUCUCUCCCUCCUUUGCUCCAGCCAAGAUGGUGCUGCUUACUAUGAUAAGUCGCGUCCAGGACGGGCUUCUCUUGGCGGCGUCCAUGCAAGAAACAGAGCAGUCAAACCGGAACUUCCAGGAAUAUCACAACCAAGCCAAACAGCUUUUCCGGAAACUUGGGGAACAUUCGCCAACGAGGUGCUCCCUAGAAGCCGGACCAAUGACUUUCCAUUACUUGAUCAGCCAAGGCGUUUGCUACCUGACGCUGUGUGAGGCCAGUCAGCCCAAGAAGCUGGCGUUCUCCUACCUGGAGGAGCUGCAAGCGGAGUUCUGGGAGCUGUAUGGGAAGAAGGUGCCCUUUGUGUCGAGGCCUUACGCCUUCAUCGAAUUCGACACGUACAUCCAGAAGUUGAAGAAGUCGUACCUGGACACCUGGUCAAAGCGCCAUCUGAACAGCAUCAACUUGGAGCUGCAAGAUGUUCAGAAGAUCAUGGUCACCAAUAUCGAAGAGGUCCUUCAAAGGGGAGAGUCAUUUCCAGCUCUGGAUUCCAAGGCCAGCAACCUGUCGACUCUCUCCAAGAAAUACCGCCACGACGCCAAAUUUCUCAACAGCCGCUCAGCAUACGCCAAAGCCGCUGCCACCAGCCUGGUUUUUGUGGUGAUAAUGCUCUACAUCCGCUUCUGGUGGCUGAUUUGACGGCUCCUCUCUCUCCCUGACAUCUCUUCAGGCCCACCUUCUGGGGACGUAUGGAGAAAAGGGGGGACUUUCUCCCUCUUGUCCUGUCCAAGACCGAACCAGGAUCUGCAGCUGGAGAAACGGGAACUCCCAGAGGGGCCUGUGCUGUUCCUCUUGUUACAAAGAGAUUUUGUUUUUUAAAAUUGACAUGACAACUUUCACCACUUGGUGGCCAAAACAGGAAUGACUGUUGUUAGAGAAUUCAGCACUAUGGCUAUUUAUAAAUGUUAACACCACGAUUUUGCUUUUUAGAGUGUCAAAAUGUAUCUUAUGCUUUCCGCUGCCAGCAGUAAAAUAUUGGGAGGUAGUAUAGGAAAGAAGGGAAGCACGCGUUCUGAUAAAUAGCAAGAACAGUCUUCUGGUUGUAGGGAUGUGUGAUUUUGGUUCUGGGAGGGCGGCCGGAUAGCUACAAUUCAACGGAUAACACUCCUAUUCUUCUAGCUCCAUGUCCGAACAAGUGGCAUCUGUUGAAUUUCUGUCUGCCUUACAGUUGUCUCAGGCACUGUCAAAAAUAAUGAAGCAACCCCAGGUUUGUCCUGGGGAUGCAGCCAUUACAGCAGGCCUGGUUAAGCGGUGUCAGGUAGACCUAUCCGGUCUUUUGAUCAAUUUGUAUUCAUUGCCUGCUGAGAACAGCAAGAAACGGGUGGAGCUGCCUCUGUUGGACACCAACGUGCCACACGGGAGUUUGACGUGCCUUUCAGCCCUCCCUGACAAAAGACCACAAGCAUGGGCUGGAGAGAAGCCUGGCCCCACCGACACACGACAAUAGUUGGUCGAUGUUUACCGUAGAGGUGGAUACUUUUGCAAUACAUUUUAUUUUUCAGGAAGCUGCCUCCUGGUGGACGACUGGACAUGAACACACACACACACACCUUUUUUAAAAGUUUCAUUUUAGGCGCGUAUCGAUGGCAAGGGGAUAAACAAGUGAUCGUUUCUGCAUUCUGUUUUCAAAUGUGCAGGGCCCAGGGUUUGAGAGUUCUGUUUUAAUCCUGGGACAUUAAAAAUUGAGAACAUCUCAGACUGCAAGGCGAAGUGGUUUCUCUUUUUCUUAACUUGCUCCGGUGCCUUUAACAGCAGGCUGUCGAGUCAUUGCAUAUUUAUUUACUUUAUCUGU